CCUUGAUCAUAAUAAAAAAAAUUGUGGAAUAGGUCUACAGGAAUUUCUUAUUUACGUUUAUUUUCUCUUGUCCAAACAGUACAUUUUUUUCUCAUCAAGUCUACGUGAAGCAUUUUUCUUAGUGGACGGAACAUUUCACAUUCUGCUUUUUAUGAAGGACACAAGAAACAGUGCCUCUAUUGUGCUAUUUUGUUCCAGUACUUGCAAUAAAGAAUAGCUUUGAAGAUGUCAAACAGUGAUUGGCCAAUCACUGCUGUUACUGUGGUGACAGAUCCCUCAAAGUGCCCUGCGGGAUUCACAAUUAUUGACAAAACAUAUGACAAGAGGGAUGAUGCAGACUUGUGGAGGGAUGGGUACUUUGGGAAGCGUAUCUGUCGCUAUAUGUGUGUGGAGAGAUCUGCCCCCUCUGUAGGUAAAGAUGUACUGGUUGAUGUAGCUGUGAUCAAUGAAAGGGAUCCUAUUCCUGCUGGCUUUACCUGUAUAGACUUCACCAGUGACACACGUGAGAAGGCUAUGAAGAAGAAAAUGCUGUGUGUGAGAUACAUGUCCAGCACUCUUACUAAUGAUGCUAUCGCCGAGCUAAUCAUCCUGUCUAAGGGUGUGCGUCGUCCUCCAAACGGUUACAACCUUGUAGGAGAGUUAAACAACUUGGCACUUUGUUUCAAGAUGGCCAGUUUUCGAUCUCCUACAACUGAAUCCCAACAGAACAAUGUAGCUCAGCCCUACUCACCGAACUACCCAACAGAAACUCCCCUCAAUAACAUGGCGAAUAUUGGAACAACUCUACCGUAUGCCAUCAACCCUACAGGGAACCAUGCUAGACCAGGGCUGGACAGGACCAACAGUUUAGCUGGUAUAGGCAGUAAUCACCAAGAAAACCAUGUGCUCCAUGGUUCCCAGCAAGUGGUACAAGGUAUUUAACUUCCAUAGAAUUGCCGACUGUUUCUCUUGCUCAACUCUCUGCAAGCUAUCAAUUCUUAGUCAUGUGAUGGAUCAUUUACUCAUUGAUUGAUUUACAUUGCCUACCGUUACAGAGUUGAUGUUUAUUAUAGCAUUAUUCAAUCAUAUCUUUAUGAUGAUAUUACAUGUAAUAUAUAUAAAAAAAAGUGUAACUUAAAAAAUUGAUGUAUAAUCUC